AUGGCUGCUGUGCCACAAGUGUCAAUUUAUAAGUUCUAUUUCAAUGGCCGCCUCCUAAGUGGGAACAGCAGCAGAGAGUAUACCCUCAACAACGUCAAUCGAUCUCAGCACAAUGGCAAGUACAAAUGUGUCCCAUAUAAUGACGCUGGAGAUGGAGCAGAAGCCAUUGUAAGACUUAACAUAAAUGGUGGGUAGAAACAUCUAUGAGAAUUUUUGAGUACUUUGGAAUUAUAAUCGAAAACGGGAAAACCAGUUUUUUCCACAUUGCGUCAAUGAAACUUCCCACAUGGUGAAUUAUUACAACCCCAAAGAGGGAAGAAUAGAGACCCUAGUAUUCAGUUUGCCCACCCUACAGGCUUUUCGUGGGAGAAUGGGAAUGAGCGCGGAGUGUGAGGUAGUUGCUACCUUUCCCAAGGUAGUUGGGAAAAGUGCUGGUGAAGGAUGCCUGUCUUGAAAAAUUUAAUCAGUGCCCAAUAAAUGGGUGCCUAAUAGCAAAAGUUGUGCCUGAUGAUAAUGAACUGGUGCCUUAUAUCGAUGGACUUGUGCCUAAUAAUGAUGGACAGGAGCCUAAUAAUGAUGAACUGGUCACUAACAAUGAUAAACAGGUGCCUAAUGAUAAAAACCAAUGCCUAAUUAAGAUAAACUUGUACCAAAUAAUAGGGAAACAAGCCUGAUAAUGAUUCACAAGUACAUAAUAGCAACAAAACUAUGAUUUGGUGGAAACGGCACCCCAUGGUUACCCUAGAUUGUUGUCAGACACAAGAAGUCUGUAAGUUUGUGUAGCUUUUUGGGAGCCCUAACAAGGUGGUACAUUUAAUUGCGUAGCAAAACACCUGGAAUUUAGGUUUUAAUUUAUCUCUGUAGUGUAUGAAGUGGAUGGUUUUGAACCAAAUCGCACUCUAAUGUUAUGGUGUGAAAAUUUUGUUGUUUCUUUCUUCUUAUCUAGUUCCUGUCCAGUUUAUAGAAGUGCCACAGAAUAUAACAGUUAAUACGUCAACUCCUCUGUCUUUGCGUUGUGAUGCCUCGGGUUUUCCUGAACCUAGGAUAAGAUGGAAAAAAUCUGGGAUUAAUUUGUCUGACACCAAGCAGCUGAACAUCACCAGUAGUAACAGGAACGAUGCAGGAGAAUAUGUUUGCAUCGCAAGCAAUGGAGUGAGACAGGAAAAGAGAGUAAGAGCUUAUGUCACUGUGCAAUGUAAGUCUUAUUUCCAGUACGUCUUAAAAAGCUGCCAUUGCUGCUGAAUCCAUGAUACAGUCGAACCUAUAUUAAGCAGCACCAUAUUAAGCGGUCGCCCUGUAUAGUGGUCAGUUGUCAAAGUCCCCAUUUUUUUUAUCUCCUUAAUCGCUGUUAUUUUCACCUCUUUUUAGUGGUCACCUCUAUUAAGUGGUCAUGGUCACCUUAGAGUGAGUGGCAACAGCCUGUUUCUAUUGUCUUCCACCUGUAAUGAACGGUCGCAUAAAGCGGAACCACUCAAUUAAAACUAAGAAUGAGUUUUUGAGUAAAAUUUAAUCCAUGUUUCUCUCUCGUUAAUAUUUUAACGAGUUUUUUACAUAAAAUGAUCAACUAUGGCAUAAAUUGGCAUUUUUUAUCAUUGUGAAUAUUACCCCAUUCUGUGAAACGCCAACUCCUGUGGGUGAACGCUCAAUACAGGUUUGACGCUACAUAAUUACACUCAUUUUCAAAACGUCGCACUUGAAAAAAUUCUGAGAAACAAACACACUUUUUAUUCCAAUAAAAAGGUGACAAUAAAUUAUGAGGAAAAAGGAACAACACAAUAGGUGAUGUCAAGUCUUUGUUUCACCUUCGUCAUUACUUUAAAAAAGUAGUGUUCUCUCGAUGUGAAAUAUACAUGUAUCGUACAUCACCUCUUUGAUAGGAAAUAAAAAUUAUUUAGUGUAUUUAUAUCUACAUGUAUAAAUUCACCCCAACGUACCUUGUCAACAUCCAAGAGAAGUCCCUUUCAAAAUUGAAAAUUUCCCACAAAGAGAGAUUUGCAUCCCACCCUAGCCAUGCAUUUUCUUCAGCCAGGCUGGCUUGAAGGUGGACAUUGAAAACCUAGUCAUUAGGUUUUUGCAGCCCCUCCUAAGCCUGCUGAUUUGGACUUUCAAGGACAGGGUGUUUACGCACCAUAUAUUGUAAAUUGGCCACCGUAAAGAGUUAAGAAGCUGACGUUUCGAGCGUUUGCUCUUAGACAGAGCAAAGGGCUAACGCUUGAAAUGUCAGGUUUUUAACUCUUUACGGUAGCUAACUUACGCCAUCAGCUCACUUGAUAAUACUAAAUAACCCAACGUUUUACUUGAGUUCUGUAGUGCACACGAAUCCAAAUAAAUGGGAUUUUCUAAGUUACGUACUCGAUCGCACGUACGCAUUACUUUCUCUGUUUCCCUCUACUUAUGUAAUGGCUAUUAUACCUUACCCUAUUUUGAUCGUACAAUCAAAUUUUUCCGGCUUGAUGAGUGACUGUUGUUACUACUAUUUUUUUAUAAGUAUGGGCUACGCUGCGCGCUCUGCUAUUGAAUCAAUGGAAGUCCUAUUGAUCAAUUCAAUUUUAAACAAAUACCUCACGUUUUAAUUUUAUGAGUUACUUUCUGUGAAGGCUUGAAAUUAAUUACGAACGGUUUUUAGGCCGCGAGUCAACCCAUUUAAUGACACAAUUUUUCUACCAAAAAAUUCAUUUCUAAACCAAUCUUUUGCUGGUAUUUAAAACAAUUUGGGAGAGAGAGGGAAAAGAGAUGAUUAAUAAGUUAUUUAUCGGCUUGAGGUCGUGGCCCACAUCUUUGCUUAAAAAUAAUGCCCAGCCGGCAAAACGGCUGAAACAAAAAAGUUUGGAUCGUUCAGUGCGACCAAUGUUGCUACGUAUUUUUGCUUUGUUCUAAAGUGUAAUACUGUGGCAUAUUUUUCCUGUUCUCAUGACUUCAUUUAACAAAAUGACACAGUAGUGGAAUGAUAAAGUUCAUUAAUAUUCUGAUUGAUAGGAAGUAUCACUAAUUAUUUAUUCAAUUGCUUAUUGCAUUGGUAUUUAUUCUUAGACCCGCCCACAAUACGAAAUCUCACCACGUCAUCUAAGAAGUCUUGGAUUGGCCAGGCAGUGACUUUGAAGUGUCUUUCUGAUGGUGUUCCUACACCAACACUCUCAUGGUACAAACCUGAAGGAAGUGAAAUAAACAGAGUCACAGCCAAAGAAAACGAAGUAAAAGUGCCACUCAGGGGUGAUCAAGAUUUUGGUCAUUACAAGUGCAUUGCUGCCAAUGGACUUAUUCCAUCUGAUGAGAAAUUAAUAAAGAUAAAUCAGAUAAGUAAGUAAAAAAGAUCAGUGUGUUGUGAUAAGAAGAAAACUAUACAGAAGGUCCGCAUUCUCUUUUGCCUUUGCUCACUAUCACUGUUUCAGUUAUAUUAGAAGUAAAAGCCAAAUGUUCUUACAAAGUAAUCGACAUGGUAACUCAUUCCGUUUGUACAACGCAUUCGAUAAUUGAAAUUAUAAUACGUGCGGAUAAUUUGCAAGGCCCAUAGGUGUGUGGAAAAAUAGAAGCUUAUGUUAAACCAUCAAAUAAGAGAUUUAUUAUUCUACUAUUUUAUCAUUUUCUAACAAUUUGGCUGCCUAGAUUUCCACAUACAUCAUUUGUGGCCUUAUCUGAGCGUUCCAUUCGUAUUUUUCCCCUUUUUAGAAGCGUUAGACCUUCAUAUAUUUUUCGCGUUCGUUCGUUUUUCGCAAUGUGGCAUGAAGGGUUAAUAGUGGAAUUAUGCCAGAUACAGUCAGCCUGAUUUUUUUUAGUGGAAAAUGCAUCCAUAUUUUUAAAAAAGGAUUUACAGUAAACUAUCGACGCCUUGCCCUUUGGUAGCAUUCAACACGUCACAAAAGAGCGUUGAACUUCGGGCAGAUUGAUGACAUCCUCCCAUGAAAGCAACCAUAAGAAACUUCCUCAACCAUGGACUCUUAAUUUAAUUUUUAAUUAAUGAUCCCUUUUUUAUGGUACUAUGAAGAGAAACCAGGGAAAGCAUCCAUAAAAUCACCAGAAUCAGUAAUUCAAGCAACUUUUAUAACAAUAAGAUGGACUGCACCAGCUGAUGAUGGAGGAAGUCCGAUUACAGGAUACCGACUGAUCUUACAAAAGGGUGAAACUGAGAUAGAAAAGGAUGAAAUCACCGAUCCUGGGACGACAAGUUAUUCGUUUCGUGGUUUGGAGAAAAAUACCAACUACACGGUGAAACUGUUUUCCAGAAAUUUUGUAUUCGAGGGAGAUCCUACUGUAUGGACGAUUAAGACCAAGUUUGAAGGUGAGAAAUCACAAGUGAUUUCGUGACUGAGCACUUUGCACCAAUCAUUUUGUUGCAAACUUAGAUUUGUCCCAGUUUUAACAAUGCUAUCUGCUCACCGCAUUAUAAGAUUUUUUAUUUAAAGUGUUUUUCUACUCCUUGGUGGCCAGUUUCCUUUCCCUUUCUAAUAGUUAUUUGAGAGGUUCCCACGUUUGAAGAAGCAUAAAUAAAGCAUAAAUAAACCACAGGUGAACAUAGGUGAGAACAAUGGAAAACCUACGCGGCUACAUUCCGUAAAUGCUACAUGUUUUAUCAAGUAUUGUUUGCCUUCUAUUUUUAUUUAAUUUUUUUUUUCAUUUUUUGAUGUUCACGUUUCAUAACCUGUUUGUGUAAAUAAACAACAACAACGGUCGCUAGAUAGUUGGUUGGAUAUAGUUUUCCUAAACUCUUACCGGCUAUAUUCAGAACACCCAAUAACCAACUAUCCCUUUUGAGAGUGAGACGAUUUUCACACAUUGGUAAACCAAAGAACUGAAUUUUGAGGUAAUGGGCCUUUCAUGAAAGUCUCUUUAAUAUGCCAAAGUGGACGGCCUCGAAGAGUCCUCCGUAUAUUUUCUUUAUGAUGAGAAAAGUACGAGCACAAAAAGCAGAGAAUGAGUGAAAGAAGUCAAGCUAUAAGCUGUAACCUGAUAAAAUAAGAAAAAUUACGAGGCACGAAGAAAGUUUGAGAUAGGUAUUUAAAAAGCUAAACCUCUUGCUUAGAAUUAAGGUGGAUGGAUAUCGUUUUCUUAAAUACCUACAAGCUAUAAUCAAAGCACUUAAAAAGAAUCAAACCACCAUGAGUCCCAUAGUUAUCAGGAUUUGCUACUUAAUUUAUUGACAUUUUGUGCACACUGCUGGACACUUUUUUCGUGAAACCUUCCAUUGUUUAACACAUAUAGUACUUCUUGUGUUAACGCUAGGUUUGUGUGUAACGAUUUUCUUUCAAAAUUAUGUUACAGACUUAAAAAUCAGUAGUUCUAGAGCCAAUGCCAGUUGGUGAAAACGUUAGUAAAAUUAUACUCCCCAGUAUAAAUUAUAUUAUCUAUCGAGGGAAAAUGGUGGCACUUGUUUCAAUUUCGCAGGGAUAAACCCAAACCAAAACGAUUAAGGUUGCCGUUAUCAUUUUUUGUCUUUUCAAGUUACGUUGAAUUUAUCUCAAUAUUUAACUUAAUUUUGCUUGCUAUACACUUUUUUUAAAAAAAUAUCCCAGAAAAAUCCUCUACCAGUUUACAGAUUAUUUUAUCACCGAUAAUGUUUGUGAUCAGGUUUGUAACAAGGAGUUGUAUAAUUAUAAGAAAUUUCACACUGUUCGUGUCGUUGACAUCAAUCUAGGAGCCCCAGAUGUGGUCGAAAUGGACGAACUGCCACGUGAAACAACAGACGAUACAAUUACCUUAAAGUGGGAGGAGCCUGAAAAUAAUGGAAAAGUUAUCACCAUGUAUGCAGUGUACCAAAGAGUAGUGACUGAUGGAAAAGUGGGACAGUGGACAAAAAUAAAGAAAAUCAUAGAUGUUUCUGUGAGAGAAUUGAAAAUAACGUUGGAGAGAGGAAAGGUGUAUCAGUUUGCCAUUACUGCUGUUAAUGAGCUUGGUGAAAGCCUAAAACAAGAGAAAGCAAACAUCCAGCAAGUCAAGGCAGAAGGAAGUAUGUUCAAAUGAAUCUUAUUUUCCCCUUUCAAUAGUUUAUCCUUUUCUUUACUUAGUUUUCAAGCACUCUCUGUGUCAUCGACAUCGAGGUAUUUACGGGUGAAUUCUUCGCUUGCAAAAACCUAAUCAAUGUGAAAAAAUUUCACUUACGUCACAGUUGAUAUUUGCGCACCAACUAGAGGCCUAUUGGUUGAUACUACAUACUAGUUACUACAUUUCAGUUAACAAGUUAAUUAAAUAUAAUGAUUGAACGGGAGAAAUUACAUUCACAGCCGAUGGCUGUGUGAAUAAUAUCAAAUUCAGAAAUUACAUUCCUAUACAGGACUUAUUUAUAAUGACAGGGAAGCGACCUUUGACAUACAAACGCAUUGCAAAGAUACAGAGUCAUCCACCAGGCGUAAAUAGGGGGGCUGGACUCUGGGGUCGCUACGUUGAUCACUUUAUCAGCGCUACUUUUUCCAGCAGAGAGCAACUCAAUUAUUUCUUAACCACUGUCAGUUACUUUCAUUCAGCUCUUAAAUAGUUUUUAUCCCCACAGACGGCUCGGAAAGCGCAGCAAAAGGUAGGAUUAACAAAGAAAUUGUUAAAUACAUUAAAGUUCUCUAAACAACCAGGUGCAUAUUCAGACAUGGUUUAGUGCUACUCUGGUUUAAAGAUUUAAUAAAUGAAGUUACAACUAGCAAUACUCCUCAUGAGAAGGAACCAGCGUCUGGUUUUGCUGUUAUUCCUUACAUUUAGGGUGUUACGGAAUCCAUCAAGAGAAUUUUGAAUAGCCACAACGUUUAUGUUGUUCAUGUUCAGACCCUAGGGCAUGGUUUCGCCAAACCUAAGGAUCCUAUCACAAAGGAACAACUAACCGACGUUUUUAUUCUAUUCCGUGCAAUGGCUGUGAUCACGAGUAUAUCGGGCAGACCAAACUUUAGUUUGGUAGACGUUUGAAAGAGCAUCAAAGAGCUUUCAAAAUUCAGCUUUGUCGGAGCACACAUGCCUAACUAACCACACAAUUGUGUGGGAUAAUUCUAAAACUAUCUUCACUUAUUGAUGUUACCACCAGCGCCUUUGUUUGGAAGCCUGGCAUAUCAACUCUGCCCACGCUCCUUUAAGUCGUGAUGGUGGCGGCUUACUGCCUGACGCAUAUUUACACCUCGUCAGGAAAUUAUUUUGCGUGUAAAAGGACCUCUCUGUGCAACAAUUAGAUCACCCCUGAUGAAGGCACUAGACAGGAGUGUUGAAACGUUGGGUCUAUGAAUUGUAACUUUUCGGUUACUUUCAGUCCAUUUUUCAGUUGCGUGCUUAGCUGCCAGGCCUUUGAACAGGAGUGAGGCUGAAGGUGACCUUGUUAUGAUACAAGCCUUGCUGCUUUUCAAAUGUAAAUGACUUUGUUCUCAUGCAAACUAGAUACUGGUCUCCAUUAUUACAUGGUCAACUUCAGCCAAAUCAAAGGCUUGGCAACUAAGCACACAACUGUAAAAUGGCCAAUUCAUUAAAUCUUUAAAACAGAGUAGCAUCAAACCAUGUCAAAUUGUUAAAUGUUUACACGUAUUCUUCCGAAAACGGACUUUUUCCAAUUGUAUUCCGUAUCUGUGUAAUUAAACAACUUAUUUCUGUGAGUGAUAGAUUUCCACGUUUUUGUUUUUGUCGUUGUUGUUGUUUUUAGUCAACUAAGCAAAAUAUUACUUUUAGAAAUUAUUAUAGAAAGAUUAGCACCUUACUUUUCUUUAGUAUCUAGCCACUGAUGGUUAAAUUUUUGGUCACGAGUCGUAGCUAUGUAAUGAGGGCAGUUUAUCGACCAGGAUCAGUGUAAAUGUUGUUUGAAUGUUACUUGAUAAAGCUUUGUAAAAUGAAUCAUUUUAGGUCCUGAGGAAUGUAACUGCCCAUCUAACAACGUCUUGUUGGCCAUAAUUGGGGUUCUUGCCUUCACAAUCCUUCUUCUAAUUAUUUACAUAAUCUGGCUACAUAAGAAAGGUAGGUAAAAAAAUAAUAAUCUAUGUUAGAGGGUUUGGCUGGAAGUUUCAUUUUUAUACAAAAGCAAAUUUUGACCUACAUCCACAUCAUUUGUCUUUUUCCCUUUCGUUCUUUUUCAGGCGCUGUAGGGAAACAGAGGUAAGAAUUUGCUUCCACUUGGAUUGUGUCGAUGUAAUGUGCCAGAUAUGGUUUCAUCUUAACUCAAAAUUCCUCUACUCCUCUUAAAGCUAAUGAAAUUCUCAGCUUUUUAUAUUUAUUCGUAUGCUUUCUCAAUUGUAGGACUUAUGAAGAUGAAAGAGGUGUUUACGACGUAAGUAACAGCUAAGACAUUGAGGUCAUGUUAAUGUGGCCAGAGACUAUGUUAUCUCACAUUACCUCUACUUUCUAUAAGAAAAUAAACGCUUGCAGCAAAUGAGAAGGAAAGAAGGUGUAGUUCUACAAAAAAAGCAUAUUGCAGUAGUGGAAGAUACAAUGAAAUAGGGGAGGAAGUAGGACUCGAUAAGGUCUCUGUCCUAGGAUCAUGUCCUUUACCAAGGUACUCCAUGGAUUUUUCUUCGAUUGUCCCUGGUUCAACUGCGUGGCUUCACUUCAUAGAUCGCUAACUGGUCUACACCCAGUUGAUAUUUACUUUCUUAAUAAUUGUUUUUUCGCAUUUUUGGCUGUCUUAUUUUCUUGACGCCAUAUAUUCAAGACGUAAGUCUAGCAGCUGAGUACAGCAAAAGUUUUUUGUGCGUGUAUUUGAUGCCUUAUUUUCUAAACGUGAGUUUAGGAGCUUGGUACUGCAAGAGUUGUUUCGUGCGUUUAUUUGUCAAAAUAUUGGACUACCAAUCAACAAUCUUCAUGUUGCAGUUUGUAGCUUCAGCAAAUAUGUUAUGAACCUCGAUCACUCCAUUGGACAUGAUAGUUUCAAAAGCAGAGAACAGAAUGUUAGUAAUAAUAAGGAAAAGAGAUUAUAAACCUUUUGUAACAUUUUGUUAUGCAAGAAUGUAAAGGUUUGUGUGAUGAAAAUGAGUAAACUGAUUUUUAUAACCAUGUGAAACUUUUUUCUGGGAUUAAUAACAGAUUUUUGUAUGAAUACCUUAACGGUAUGUUGGUUUAAUAGAAUGAAACAGGAUUAGCAUAUAUCGAUCCAAGUCUACCUGAUUCAAGAAAACUCAAUCAGGCUCCUGCGGAAUACAUGGAUCUCAUAGAAGUCAACAAAGAUAAUAGAAAAGCACAAAGAACAGCUCCAGGUGCUGAUUACGUGCCUCUUCAUCCGUUAACACGCUGCUGGGAGGUUCCAAGACAUCACGUUACCAUAGAAAAAAUCAUUGGUAAAGGUGCUUUUGGUCAGGUUGCCAAGGGAACAGCAGGAGGACUUCGAGGGGGUCCUGAAACGACCACAGUGGCUAUUAAAAUGCUGAAAAGUGAGCUUUUGCACCGUAAAUUGAAUGACAGUCUUGGCCUACAGUAAUUCAGGAAAUGUUACCGGGUUACAGUAUAAUUUUAGCUAUUUGCUAUUUCAUAUGUAUGUAAUUAUUUCGGCAUUUCGCAUAAUCUUCCCUUUAACCAAAUUUUACUCCUUGUUUUUAACGCUCCAGCAAACGCAACCGAAUCGGACAAGAGAGAUUUGAUGAAAGAACUUGACACAAUGAAGCAGCUGAAACCACAUCCUUAUGUCAUUAAACUUCUGGGAUGUGUUACAGAAUCUGGUAUGUUUUGCUCAUGCGGGUCUAAUUUUGUUGUACACAUUUUGCUUAUGAUUAACUCUUUAACGCUUUCUUGUCAUUGAUAAUAAUGAAGCACAACAAACAACCAUUACAUAUAGUAAUUUUAUCUUUUUUUAGCCAACAUGGACACUCCUGGAUUUACUGAUAGACUAAUACCAAAUAUUUGCCACAGAGCAGACCGUUCUGUUGUACAAGCAGAAACGCGUUUUGUGAGGGAAUAUUUGGUCUGUACCUUCUUAUGAGACCGCUACAUAUUAUUUCAUCUUCUCUUCGUAAAACUACAUCUUGUUUCCGUGCGAUUUCUUCAAAAGUAUUGAUCAUGACUGGGCUGUUCAUUUAUUUUAUUUAUUACUAAUUUUUGUAGAGUAAUGUAUAAAUUAAAUUGCUUAAUUUCUUCAGAACAGCUGUUGGUUUUGAUUGAAUAUGUGCCUUUUGGGGAUCUGCUGGGUUAUCUGAGAAAGAGCCGUGGAUUAAAAGACACUUACUACAAAGACCCGGAUAUCAAACCACAAACAAAUCUGACGUCACAGCAGCUGAUGAAGUUUGCUUGGCAAAUUGCUGAUGGAAUGAGUUACUUAUCCUCAAAAUCUGUAGGUUAAUUAAAAAAAAACACAAAAGGCAAACAAUUCUAAAGCCUUCUUAUAGGGUGUAUCGUCAUGUUAAGCUUUGUCUUGAAAAGAAUGUUAUGUCUUCAUUUGAUCACGCCCGGGAGAUGCAAACGUAUUCUUACCGUGUUGUUGACGCUAUUUUUUUUAGGGCGGAAACGCUCACAAUCUUGACGUCAUCAUCUAAGUUUUAUUUUAAUGUGCGAAUGGCGAUAUUUGUGCAUCGUUGCAAGUACACCCCGUUGAAAUAAAAUAUCUGGGUUUUUCUCGUGUACGCAAAGGCAGAGACGUGAAUGAAUAGGAUCUUUUAAGAUAUUCAGCCUAAACUAAGUAUACAACAAAUAUCCAUUUUAGUGAAAAAAAAGAAAAACUUGAAAUUUAAAAAAUCGUCUUUGGUCGCUAAACUGCUACACUAUAGAAUCCUAUUUAGAUUAAAAAACUUAAGAUAAGCGGUAUAUGAAAUAACUACGUAUUGCACGAGUAAAGUAGUUUGCUUCUCUUUAAUAUGAAGCAGUAAUUAUAGUCAAUUUAAUUUUCUGCCAUCUGGAAGAAAAAGAAAUACGCACACCAUAUUAUGUUGCCGGAAUUUUCUAUUUUUCUUCGUGAACCAUUUCAUUUCAGUUCUUUUUCUUCUGCAAUCGCUAAUUUUUGCCGUUGCACCAAUUCUUUCUUAGAUCAUUCACCGAGACCUUGCGGCCCGUAAUGUGUUGGUUGGACAAAAGGAAACGUGUAAAGUGACAGACUUCGGAAUGGCCAGAGAUGUGCAGCAGGAAAAUAUUUAUGAACGAAAGACUAAGGUACUCAAGAAAAAAGGGAGGUGGGGGCGGUAUUACGUAUCGUUCAGUUUAGUGAUCUUUCACAAUCAUUGUUGUUGUAAUGCUGAUAUAUUCCUGAUUUCGAUCAUGAAUUCCUUGGGACUCUAAUGAAAACAUUAUCCAUGCGUAUACGAGUACAACUUUAAAUAUCACUGUUUUUGACUAGUCGCUACCUAUAAUUCUCGAGCUGUUUCACAAAGUGAUAUUUAAAAUCUUUAGGGCCGUCUUCCCGUGAAGUGGACAGCUUUUGAGGCCUUAUUGUAUGGUAAAUAUACCACCAAAAGUGACGUGUAAGUAUACCUAUUAUCAACCGUAGUAAUUUAUCAACAAGUUUUAUUAAUUUUAGUCUGGACUUGAAUUCUAUGCUUUGUCAAAGAAUACGUAUAUUUUAUUAGUCGUAAUACUGUUUAUGUCAAUAGUCACUUAAUUUAUGUUCGUUUGAUUUGUCUUUCUGCAGAUGGAGUUAUGGAGUUUUGUUGUACGAGAUUUUCACCAUAGGUAACAUCGAAUGGAAGUUUAUGAGGCUCUUAAUUAAAUAAUGUAUCGUGUUCAGUUAGACAAACGUAAUAAGCUUCCUCAUGCAACCUCAAACUCCAUCAAUUGACACAGGUAUGUUUUAGUGAAGGUCUUUUUUUCGUCACGUUUAUAUUUCGAUGAUCUUGUGGUUCUUCCAGGUGGUUCACCUUACCCACGAAUGGAUGGAAGAAAAAUUGCAAACUUACUCCAGGGUGGAUACAGGAUGCCUAAACCACAACACGUCGAUGAAAAAUUGUAAGUUUUCUUUGUUACCUCAUUCUCUCUCGUUGUACAAGGAAAUGCUCUUCAAAUCUCAAACAGAUCACUUGAACAAUGCCAGGUAUCAAAUCAUGAUGAAAUGCUGGAAGAAUGACCCAGAUGCAAGACCAACUUUUACUGAAUUGAAAAAUCAGCUUAAGGACAUGGAAACCCUACACAAGGUGAGAAUUUUGAUCAAUAUGAAAGUUUCUUUUCACGAGGACCGACUGGCUUAGGCUCAGCUAAUUAGGGUUAAACUUAAUAGCAUUGAGCCUAAAUAGCGUAGUAUUAUGUACUCAUCUUUGUAAUUUUUACGAAGUUUGGAUUGCAUCUUUUUGUUAUGUCACUGAAGCUAGCACUCAACGAAAAACAGCAAAGAAGUGAACUAGAAUGUCUCAAUGACAAUUUACACUUUAUGGCUAUUUAAAAGAUCAUAGGAUGAUCGUAAAACUGCAUUGAGACGCACAAAGAGUAGCAGAUGACGACGCCAUAAAAUACUUCCUCCUUGAAUUUGUUUUGGUGUGAAAACCUGACCACUUGUGAGGAUAACCACUUAAAACUUUUUUGAUGUUGCUGAUUAUUAUAUUAUUUUUCUCUGCAGAAGCUAAUUGACAUGAAAAUGUACGACAAGCAAUUGUAUGUAAACGUCGAGGAUUUAACGGUGUAGUUACAUACACGUCCACGGUGUAAGAAUGGCUAACAUUUUGAACACUUCGCCCAGACAAGUUUCAGGGAUUAAUAAUAUUUUCCUUACACGCUUACUUGGUAGAAAUAGCCAUGUUGUGUUAAUCAGUUAGGCUGGAACGUUGUAAUACAAUUGACUUUAUAUUCUUAAACGCUUAAGCGAAUUUAUAAGUUUACCAAUAAAAUAUACUCUCAUUUUCUCUCUAACAUAUUAAGUACUUACAUGUAUGCCUCGACACAAGCGUUUGAGUUCAGUUUAUUUUGUGGCUCAUUCUAAAAGGCAGAACAGCGCGAAAAAGAAAUCCAAUAAUGAGAUGAUGAUGAGAUCUCGCUCUGAAUGCCAUAGUUGUGUACAAUUUUAAUAAAUUGCUAAAAAAUAUUUUUGCCGCAAAACCCGCUUGUUUGCAGGAAGGCUUAUCGUGCGCAUAAAUUCUUUUACCCAAGACCGCCUUUACUCGCGAUACCAACUCGAAAUACUUUUACACUGAAAGUAUUAAUAAAAUUUACGGUAUUUUAAUCAAAAUUAUACGUGGCACAUUACAUCUGCAGGAAAGUUUGUUGUUUGGUCCAAUCGCCUGAUAGUUUUCGCGUACUAGAUACUAUUACUCAACGAAACUGGUCUUAAGUAGGUGUUCAAGUCUUUUUUCUUAGAUACGUUGCUGAUAUAAUAGCUUUAAUUUUUUUUAAAUAUAUAUUUAUAUAAUAAAAGUGUC